AUGUCUGCAUUUUCAGGCUUUGAGCAGGAAAUGCUGAGAGGUGUCUGUGGGACUCCACUGAGCGUUGCCCUCAGAUGUGUCACUGAGAAAAACACUUCCCAGUCCAGACCAGAGUCCCUCAGUAACUGCCUGAGGGUUUUCCUCGGGGACAGAGCUGCUGAUCAGAUUGAGACAGCCUUAUUGCUGGCUGCCAUUCCAACCAACGUGACUGCUCUCAAGACAAGGGUCGAUAUGUAUAUAGAAGGUAGGGCAGGUUUGAGUGAAAAGCUUCUUCAUUACUCAUCGCAUACACCUGAGGAAAAAGAAACAAAGCUUGACCUGAUCAAAGGGGGAACAACAAGCCAUUAUUUUCCUGUCUUUGAAACUGUAUUGAAGAGCCAUGGACAAGACUACCUCAUUGGCAACAAGCUGUGCCGGGCUGAUAUUCACCUGGUGGCACUUGUCUACCAUGUGGAAGAGUUUGACUCCAGCCUCACCUCCAGCUUCCCUCUGCUGAAGGGCCUGAAAAUCAGAAUCAGCAAACUCCCCACAGUGAGGAAGUUUUUGCAGCCUGGCAGCCUGAGGAAGUUUCCCAUAGAUGCAAAAGGCUUAGAAGAAGCAAAGAAGAUUUUCAAGGUUUGA